ACUGAGCGGGUCAAUGAAAGAGUUGUAGUCAGAGAUCACACAAGUCUCUGAAAACAGCCUAACGUAUAACCACACAAGCAUCGUUGCCAUGCCAAGUGCAGUCACAUUGCCACCAAGGGAGCUGCAGCAGCUGAACAUGGACUCGGACAACAAGAAGAUGAGAAAAUACAGCAGGGGAGGGAACCUCAAGUCUCGGCUCCAGUGUCGAUUGUCUCCAGACGCCGAUAACGAGGGGCUUUGCUUUGAAGACGUGUCACAGUGGUCACAUUCACUAGACAGACUUCUAGCAUCCAAAUAUGGAAUGAAGAUUUUCCAGGCCUUCUUGCAGUCAGAGUUCAGUGAUGAAAACAUUGAGUUCUGGGCGCUGUGUGAGGACUAUAAGAAGAUCAAGACUUCCUUCAAGAUGUCCUCCAGAGCCAAAAAGAUCUUCAAACGCUACAUUCAAGCCGAGGCUCCCAGAGAGAUUAACAUUGAUCACAAGACCAGGGAGAUAAUCAGGCGGAACAUAAAGGAGCCGUCUGCAGUGUGUUUUGAUGAUGCCCAGAAGAUUGUUUAUGGGUUAAUGGAGAGGGACUCUUACCCGCGUUUCCUCAAGUCUGACAUCUACAGGACGCUACUGGACUCGACAACAGAAUCUGUGAAGCUGUAAAGAUGGCAAACACAUUGCUUUUGCAGAAGCUAGACUGUAAAGCUGUGCCCAACGCUGGACUACCUGAGAGAUGCCAAGGUGUAUGUUUGCUUGUCCUGAGACUGGUGGUCAUGAAAACUGGACUAAACCAAAAACAUUACCAAUACUUUCAUGCCUUCCUUCUGAGCCGGAGAGUGCUUCGGGUUGGGGUUUGACCUCAAAUGACUGUGCUGAACACAGUCACGAUGGGAAACGAUGUGAUGAGUCUAGGUCAAAAAUGACUGCAUAAUCAGAUACAGCUGUCAUGAUAGUCGCUGUAAGGCAAUUAGAGAGAAAAAAAAAAAAACUUCCCAGAGAUGUCAUGAAUGUACACUGAAAAUGCUGGGGACUUUCUGUGAGAGGAACCAGGAAGUGUAUGUGGUGCAUACAACAACUUGUACCCAAGAUGAAAGUGCAAGAGCUGGUCUCUGCAUUGACACAUCAUCUUACGUUUACUGUUAUCUCACCCAAAGCAACAGAUAAAUAGAUGUUAUCUAGAUGCCUACUGUCGGGCUUUUUGCAUUUACAUUUUGACGUCACACACUGAAGCGAUACCUUGCAACUAUGAUAAUCUGUUAUAAGCUAACUGAAAAUGUAACCUUGUUUGUAAAAAAAAACAAAAAAAAAAAAAAAAAAGGUGUAAAUGUGAAUAUUAUAAGGGAUUUGUGUUGGUAUUUAAUUAAAACGAUGCAACAAUGA